GCUCUCUCCCCCCCCCACACACACUUUCUCUCAGUACCGGCAGGGGGAUAGUAAGGCGGUCGUGUCUGCUGCCACAUUUUCAUUUUCUGUGGAAAGGUGAACGAAAUGGAAAGGAGUUCUCUAUUUUUAGCACUAUGCUGAGAUCCUGGGCAGCCUUCCCACCAUGCUGGAACUGGGCUCCUGUUUGGUCAGCUCUCAGUCUCUGACAGGGGACCACAAUGCUUUGGGGCAACCCAGAGCCCCAGAUGGGCCGGAGUGUCCAGUGGUUGGUCUGGGCAUGGAGGCGAUGUGUGGUAGCAGCACCCCCAGGCACCACAUCCUUCCCUCGUCCCCAGCAGACUGUGAGAACUGGCAGAAGCAUCGUGCAGGACUAGCAGGAGGGUCGAGCUUGUUUUCUGAGUCUCACUCCCUCCUGGAGCCCCAAAGUCUCUCAACCAGCUACGACACCCUCUACCUCCCACACAUGUCUGGCCAUGCUGCCCCUCUGCAUCCAAACCGUCUCGGCCUGUCUCUUGAUGUGACCUCAACUUUUGAAGUUGGAGGGGGAAUGCUGGGGAUGGAUGGAGAUUUGGCGGUCAGUCCCAAUGUGAUCAAGAGACGUCGGGGCGGCCUGAUCGAGCAGAGGGACAUUGUCAAAGCCCACCAGGCUCAUAAGAUUCAAAGCACACCACAAGCACGACGCAAAGAGUGGGAAAUGGCCCGGUUUGGAGACGACGUCCCGGGCUUGUUGAGCUCAGGGGAUGGAGGAUCAGAGCGCAACCGGAACCGCGAUGGGGCGACCGUGUCCACAGGUGGCAUCUCCCCAGCCUUCAAGCAGACCAAAGCGCAGCGUGCCCGCACCAUGGCCUUGUACAACCCCAUCCCGGUCAGGGAGAACUGCUUCACCGUCAACAGGUCCCUCUUCAUCUUUGGCGAGGACAACGUGGUCAGGAAGUACGCCAAGAAAAUCAUUGAGUGGCCUCCGUUUGAGUACAUGAUCCUCACCACCAUCAUCGCCAACUGUAUCGUCUUGGCUCUGGAGCAGCACCUUCCAGGAGAGGACAAAACACCCAUGUCUAAGAGACUGGAGAAGACAGAGCCCUACUUCAUUGGGAUGUUCUGUUUUGAGGCUGGGAUAAAGAUCAUUGCCCUGGGCUUUGUUUUUCAUAAAGGCUCCUACCUCAGGAACGGAUGGAACGUCAUGGACUUCAUUGUGGUCCUCAGUGGGAUCCUGGCCGCAGCAGGGGCACACAUGAACAUCUCAGUGGACCUGAGGACCCUGAGGGCGGUGCGAGUGCUCCGACCCCUCAAACUGGUCUCAGGCAUCCCCAGUCUGCAGAUAGUCCUGAAGUCCAUAAUGAAGGCCAUGGUUCCUCUGCUGCAGAUUGGCAUGCUGCUCUUUUUUGCAAUCCUCAUGUUCGCCAUCAUCGGCCUGGAGUUUUACAGCGGCAAACUGCACCACACGUGCGAACCACAGCCUGGAAUACUGGAAAACGAGACAGUGGACUCCUCUGAGUUGGAGUUCCCGUGUGGCGUGCGUCAGUGUCCGGCCAAAUAUACCUGCAGCGACUGGAUUGGCCCUAAUGAUGGCAUCACUCAGUUUGACAACAUCCUGUUUGCUGUUCUCACUGUCUUCCAGUGCAUCACCAUGGAGGGAUGGACCACUGUACUCUACAAUACCGACGAUGCUUUGGGCUCCAACUGGAACUGGCUCUACUUCAUCCCUCUCAUCAUCAUUGGCUCUUUCUUUGUCCUGAACCUGGUGCUGGGAGUCCUCUCUGGGGAAUUUGCCAAGGAGAGGGAGAGGGUGGAAAACCGCAGGGCCUUCAUGAAACUGAGACGCCAACAGCAGAUUGAGAGAGAGCUCAACGGCUACCGGGCCUGGAUCGACAGAGCAGAGGAAGUGAUGCUUGCCGAGGAGAAUAAGAAUGCAGGACCUUCUGCCCUCGAUGUGUUGAAGAGAGCCACCACCAUCACGAGGAGAGGGAUGGAUGUGGUGCAUCGAGGGCAACCAGGGGAGGAACAAUAUGGUGACAUCUCCUCUGUGGGUGAGUGGGAGUCUGGACAGACUCAUAAAUAUGGGCACAUAAAGUGCAUCCCCAUGGCCAGAACAAGUAUCAGGAGCGCCAAGCGAGGUCCAACAGCGUAUUUUCGCCGCAAGGAGCGGCUGCUGCGCAUCUCCAUCCGCCGUGUGGUGAAGACACACACUUUCUACUGGACAGUGCUGGGCCUAGUGGCUCUCAACACAUUGUGUGUGGCCAUUGUUCACCACAACCAGCCUCUCUGGCUGUCCACCUUCCUCUACUAUGCAGAGUUCUUGUUCCUCGCUCUGUUCCUUACUGAGAUGUUUCUGAAGAUGUACAGCUUGGGACCACGUCUCUACUUCCACUCCUCCUUCAACUGCUUUGACUGCAGUGUAAUCGUUGGCAGCAUCUUUGAAGUGCUGUGGGGUUUCUUCAGGCCUGGCACUUCCUUUGGCAUCAGUGUCCUGCGUGCUCUCCGUCUGCUGAGGAUCUUCAAGAUCACCAAGUAUUGGGCGUCUCUGAGAAACCUGGUGGUCUCUCUGAUGAACUCAAUGAAGUCCAUCAUCUCCCUCAUCUUCCUCCUCUUCCUCUUCAUCGUUGUCUUCGCACUCCUAGGCAUGCAGCUCUUCGGUGGCAGGUUCAUCUUUGAAGACUACACUCCAACUAACUUUGACACCUUUCCUGCAGCCAUCAUGACCGUCUUUCAGAUCCUUACUGGAGAGGACUGGAACGAGGUGAUGUACAAUGGUAUUCGCUCUCAAGGAGGAGUGAAGUCUGGCAUGUGGUCCUCUAUCUACUUUAUAGUGCUCACACUGUUUGGAAACUACACUCUGCUGAAUGUCUUCUUGGCCAUUGCUGUGGAUAACCUUGCCAAUGCACAAGAACUUACCAAGCAGGAUGAAGAGGAAGCAGAGGCAGCGUUCAACCAGAAGCACGCUCUCCAGAAGGCGAAGGAGGUCGGACCGUUGUCCUCCUUCAUGUCUUCAGAGGGAAGCCGGAGGAGGCGGCCCUACCUGUACAGGAAAAGAGCCAUCCACCGUAGCCGGCCUACCUACUCCUGCUCCCUGGAGGAGGCCCAGGGCAGCAUCAGGGAGUGCCGCCCACCCCCACCACUCAACCCUUCUAACUCUUUCAUGUCCAGGAGAGAGAGAAGAAAAAGGAUGACCAUGUCAGUGUGGGAGCAGAGGACUAGCCAGCUGCGGAGACACCGCCAGAUGUCCAGCCGAGAGAUCCUAUACAGCAGCCCCAGCGAGGAGAAGGAUGGGCCUCCUGCUCCAGCCCAGCCCCAGCAUGGACAUCUCCUGUCACUGCACCGCAAGACCAUGGAGCAUACAUCGUCUGGGAGUUUGAAGCGCCUGACAGACCCCAUAGCCUCCCCAACCAAGAACCAGGCUUCAGGCUCCUCCAUGUCUGUGAAAAUGCCUCUGGAUCCUGCCCUCUCUGGUGAUGUACCUGAACCCCCAGCGUCAGUGCUGGUGCCAGAGUCGUUGGAUCCUACGAACGUGCUCCUUCCUGAUGCUUCCGUGUCUGAGGUCAAACCAGAGCCCAUCAGUGAGAGCGGAAAACUGGGUGUUAAUCAGAGUCACAACACCGUUAGCGAGCGUCGGAGCCCCAGAUUGAAUGGCGAGCGUCAACACAGGGCAGUAAAGAAGUUCAGACCACCAGAUAAUGUUGACACACUGACUCCUGAGAUGGGAGGUCAUGGUGGGAUACGAGGCAGGAGGGUGCUGCAUGACCAUCAGAGCAGGGCCAGGAGUCAGGGGUCAUCACCCGCGAAUGGAAGCCACUUGGCGAGUCGCUCAGUCAGCAGAGAGGGGAAGAGAAAUCCAGGGAAAGUAGAGGAGAAGGAAGCUGACACCAAAAAGGAGGAAGCGGGGACCAAACUUGAUGAGAGCAGACAGGGUGACAGGAGCGAAGGAGGAGACCCUGACCCACCAGACAACCAGAGCCACACUGGUGACCAGAGUCAUCAGAAGCAGGAAGAACCUCCUCAGCAAUCAGACCCGUCUCCACCUGCCAUCCCAGAGAGCAACAAAGAAGAGAAUGAGACAGAGCAGUGCCAGGAUAAAUCUCAGCUCAUCUCCAGUGUGAUCAUCGAGGUGCCCAACGUUCAGUCAUCUCUGGAGCUCUCCACAAUCACAGUCAACAGUAAGGACCCUGAAACCUGUAAGUCAGAGAAGGAGGAGGCAGAGGACACAACGCCUGUCAACGCUGUGACUCCAGACAGCAUGUUCAUCUUCAAACCUGACAACCCGGUGCGUCGAGCAUGUCACUACGUGGUGAACCUCAGGUACUUUGAAAUGUCCAUCCUGCUGGUCAUAGCUGCUAGUAGUAUAGCACUGGCUGCUGAGGACCCUGUAGCCACCUCCUCUGACUGGAAUAAGGUUCUGCGGUAUUUUGAUUAUGUGUUCACUGGAGUCUUCACAUUUGAAAUGAUUAUAAAGAUGAUUGACCAGGGUCUGAUCCUCCACGAUGGCUCCUACUUCAGAGACCUAUGGAACAUCCUAGACUUCAUCGUCGUGGUGGGAGCUUUGGUGGCCUUUGCCCUCUCGUCAGUCACAUGCAAUGUGAUCGGAAAUAACAAAGGACGGGACAUUAAAACCAUCAAAUCUCUGAGAGUGUUGCGUGUCCUCAGACCACUGAAGACCAUCAAGAGACUUCCUAAACUCAAGGCGGUGUUUGACUGUGUGGUGACGUCUCUGAAAAACGUCUUCAACAUCCUGAUUGUCUAUAAGCUUUUUAUGUUCAUCUUUGCCGUCAUCGCUGUGCAACUCUUCAAGGGGAAGUUUUUCUACUGUACCGACAGUUCUAAGGACACAGAGAAGGACUGCCAGGGUUACUACAUUGACUACGGGAAGGACAAGAAAGAGAUGAAGAGAAGAGAAUGGAAGAGGCACGAGUUUCACUACGACAACGUCAUCUGGGCUCUGCUCACUCUCUUCACUGUUUCCACUGGAGAGGGAUGGCCUCAGGUUCUGCAGCACUCAGUAGAUGUGACAGAGGAGGACAGAGGUCCGAGCCACGGCAACAGGAUGGAGAUGUCAAUCUUCUACGUCAUCUACUUUGUCGUGUUUCCUUUCUUCUUUGUCAACAUCUUUGUGGCACUCAUCAUCAUCACCUUCCAGGAACAGGGGGAUAAGAUGAUGGAGGAGUGCAGCCUGGAAAAGAAUGAGAGGGCGUGCAUAGACUUUGCCAUCAGUGCCAAGCCCCUGACCCGUUACAUGCCCCAGAACCGGCACACGUUCCAGUACCGUUUGUGGCAUUUUGUGGUGUCACCCUCUUUUGAGUACACCGUCCUGGCUAUGAUCGCUCUUAACACCAUUGUACUGAUGAUGAAGUAUUACUCUGCCCCGCCGGCAUAUGAGGCCGUACUGAAGCACCUGAACACAGCUUUCACUGUUCUCUUUUCUGUUGAGUGUGUCCUCAAGAUCAUGGCCUUCGGCUUUCUGAACUACUUUCGAGACACAUGGAACAUUUUUGACUUUAUCACUGUUUUGGGCAGCAUCACAGAGAUCGUGGUAGACUUGCAGUUUGUUGAUACGUUCAACAUGAGUUUCUUGAAGCUGUUCCGUGCAGCUCGUUUGAUCAAACUGCUGAGACAAGGUUACACCAUCCGGAUUCUUCUGUGGACCUUUGUCCAGUCCUUCAAGGCUUUGCCCUACGUCUGCCUGCUCAUUGCCAUGCUCUUCUUCAUCUAUGCCAUCAUUGGCAUGCAGGUGUUUGGGAACAUUAAGCUGAAUGACAAGACUCACAUUACCCAGCACAACAACUUCAAGACCUUCUCUGGUGCUCUGAUGCUGCUAUUCAGGAGUGCCACAGGGGAGUCAUGGCAGGAGAUCAUGUUGUCGUGUCUGGGGGGACAGAAGUGUGAGAGGGACCCCUCACUUUCCCCAGCACCGACGUCUGACCAGGAGGGGGGCUGUGGCUCCGACUUUGCCUAUUUCUACUUUGUCUCAUUCAUCUUCUUCAGCUCCUUCCUGAUGCUGAACCUGUUUGUGGCUGUGAUCAUGGAUAACUUUGAGUAUCUGACGAGAGACUCGUCCAUCUUGGGUCCACACCACCUGGAUGAGUUUGUCCGAAUCUGGGGGGAGUAUGACCGUGCCGCCUGUGGUAGGAUCCACUAUAAGGAGAUGUACAAAGUUGUACGCACUAUCUCACCUCCCCUGGGCUUUGGAAAGAACUGCCCACACAGGGUGGCAUGCAAGAGACUAGUCCUGAUGAACAUGCCUGUGGACGAGGACAUGUCCGUUCACUUCACCUCUACCCUCAUGGCCCUCAUCCGCACCGCCCUGGAGAUCAAGAUAGCCAGAGGAGGGGAAGACAGAAAUCAAAUGGACCUGGACCUGCAGAAGGAGAUUGGUAUCAUCUGGCCUCAUCUCUCUCAGAAGACAUUGGACCUGCUGGUUCCCAUUCACAAAGCCAGUGACAUGACCAUUGGGAAGAUCUAUGCCGCCAUGAUGAUCAUGGACUAUUACAAGCAGAGCAAAGCCAAGAAGCUCCGACAGCAACUAGAGGAACAGAAACAUGCUCCUAUGUUCCAGCGUAUGGAUGCCUCCUCUCUGCCUCAAGAAAUCCUAUGCAAUGCCAAAUCACUUUCAUUCCUCAGGCAUAGUGCCGGAUCUGCUCUCACCAGAGGAGGCUUUGUGGCUCUCAGCCCCAUCUCUCCACAAGAGAUGUUCAUGCAGCCACUGUCUCGCUCCAGGGAGGAGAAGGAGGAGGAGGAUAACGACGACUACCUUUCACCCUACCACCCCUACCACCACCCACAUCACCACCACCAUCAUUUACACACACUGGUGCCAGACGUAGUGGAGUAUAACCAAGUGAUGCAGCAGGCCAGGCAGGACCCAACAGUUAUUAAAUCACCUCAGCGGACAGCAUCUAUCAGAGCGUCCUCCAUGCCCAGACUGGCUGUUGAUCCACAGCCUGGGAUGUCAGCAGACAGUAACCUGAUGAAGCGCUCCUUCUCCACCAUUGGAGAUCAGUGUGUGAACGGCCUCUGGCAGGAACAACACUCUCUGGAGAAAAUCAGUCCUGACGGCACGUACAGGCCUCGUCAGAGGAGCUACAGAGGUCCUAGAAUCAACCACAAAGAAACAAGCAGUCAUGAGAGAGGGCGAUCUAAGGAACGCCGCCACCUGUUGUCUCCUGAUGUGUCCCGCUGCAACUCUGAGGAGCGCAGCCGGGAUCCAUCAUGUGAAAGGAGACGGUCCCGUUCGCCUAGCGAAGGACGCACGCACACCUCACCGAGACAGGCGAACACAUCAGGCAGCCCUGCCCAUUCAGCCUCAGAGUCCAGUACUCCUCGUAAUCGGCGGCAGCUGCCACAGACACCCUCUCGCCCGCGGCCGUACAUCUCCUAUUCCCCUCUGGUCUGUCGAGCCCACACCUCUCCCACACCAGCAAGCUCCUCUGAGGGACAGACCCAGCCUCAGGACGGCCCUGGUAGCUCCACAGAGACCUCGUGGAGGGCUGACAAGGAGGGCGGCCCCUUGACUGCAGGUCACGGGUCAUCCGGAGGUCAGGUUUCAGGACCGAGCAACCCAUCUCCUCACCGCUACAUCUCAGAGCCCUACCUCCCAUUCCACGAGGACGUCAGCGGUGGAGAGGCAGGCGACAGGCAGGACACCCUUACAUUUGAGACAGCCAUUGCAACCAGCCUGGGACGGGCCAACGCCAUAAGCUCUGCCCCUCAGCUGAGACACUCCUGGCAGGUUCCUAACGGGCAUUUCCGGAAGCACUUGGGACAGGCGAGUCCGGCCGGAGCCAGUGAGCUGCUAAGUGACACAGACGAGGAUGACCGCUGCUAAAAGCGAGAGAUGAAGAUGAUGCACAGAGCGACUGGGCACCUCAGAGAAGCUCCAUGUGGCACCACAAGGCUUUAGCUCCUCUGUGGCUCUGAGAACUUAUUCUCAGUACCAGUAGCAUAACAGGCAGGACUGAACUCCACUGCUAUAUAUCUGGAUACUUGGGUGUCUGUCAGCAUCGUAUUCUUGUGUGUGUAUUUGUGUGUGUGUGUGUAUGUGUGUUUGUUGUAGCUGGAGGGAUGCUACGUGUGUGGACAUGGGUGUGUGUUUACGUGUGUGUGUGUGUGUGUGUGCUCUCAAUAGAGAAAAUUUGCCAAAUCAAGAGAACAGCAGAGACUGGCUAUACUAUACGCAGAUCACUGCAGGCAAACGUUUUGCCAAGCCUUCCCACACAAGUUAGUGUUUUGAUUGUUAUUUGAACAAAAUAUGGUGAGACAUCAAUCCAAGGUGUCCAAACCUCUCGUUGAAUCCAAGAAACUGAUUCUAAGUGCGUUUUGUGUAGGUGAACAUAGAGGUAGCAUGUAAAAAUGUAAUACGAUGAAUGUAUUUUAGCUUUUGGUUCUUAUGUUCAGGUCAUUUGAGAGGGUCGCUGUUAGUCUUUACUGUGCAUAGUUGUAAGAGUAGCAAUGAAACAGGGGUUGAUUCAGCCGGAUUUUGCCAGUUCAUAACUGGCAACCAGCCAUUCUACACCAUUCCUGUUUACAACAAGUAUCCACAUGGUUCAUGGGCAUUAUACAGUCGCCAAUCAAUAAAUAGCCAAUACAGGAAAUCAAGUUCCAGACCUUAAAGUGAGCAAAACCUCUAGUGAUGGUGAGUUAUUUUUCUGUCCUUAUGUGAAAACAAUGACAGUGUACCUUCAACUGGAGCAACACAGUUCAGGUUUAUUUUGGCUCUGUGGUGUGAAAGAUGCUAAAGAACAGAUUACAGAAUAAGAGAUGUUUUGUCUCAGGAUACUGGACCAUUGAAUAUGUAAUAUAUAAUAUCUUAUGAAAUCUUCUGAAAACAUGUUCAUCUGGGGUUCCAAAAUAAAGACUUGUGAAAAUCAGAAGGACUAGAAAUGUCUCUUAACCCUACAGGUCAGUCUGCAUGAUAUCAACAUGACAAGACUGUCACAAGGACUGGACCAGUGGAGAUAGGCCCUGUGGUCGGACUCAGCAUCUGCUCUGUUCAUGGACAACCAUCUGUAGGACAGACAGCCUGGGUGAAGGCAAAUGGAUCUUCAUUCUUCACAUUUCUGUGCUGGAUAACCACUGUCAGUGUUGUGUCAGAAGGUGACUAAAGCCAUUUUCUUCUGGUACAUAGAGCCAGGGACGUGUCUUCUUCCAGAUGUGUUGCCUUCUUUCACGUGGGGAAACGAAAAUGAUGAGAAAUUAAUGUCCUUUUUAAAUGUGAUGCAACAUGGAUGCUUUUACAAAAGAGGAAUCACAGGCACAGUAUGGUUUGUCUAUAUGUUAACUGCCACACUGUUUGCGUCACAUUGAAGCCUAUGUUUUGGUCAGUAGAAACAAGCACUAUGGUAUUUUCUGUGCUCCAGAGUUGUAGUAAUUUUCCACAUGCAUGAUCAUGGUGACAAUGAUAAAGACAGAUGUGAGAUGUGUCUUAGAGCUGCCGGAUUGUUCUUAUUUUAAUGUAUCCAUGAUAUUAAAUGGGAUUUAAAACCACUUCACCAACAGAGUAAUUAUGAAACAGCAGGCAGAGAAAUGUUCAUGCUUUUUCAGUCCCAGCAUUCACUGUCGAUAUCUUUGAACAUUCCAACUUUCAACCGUUUGUUGUUCCCCUAAAUAUGAUGUAUAUUUAUAUCAUGUGCUGUUGUGUUAAUGUAAUAUGUUGAGUUUGACAUGUUUCUGAAAUGUGAACACAGGACAUAUCUGGACUGAGGAUCCAAAGGCCAGAAGAGGUCACACUCACCUGCUGGAGUCCCAAACAGAAAGUCCUGCACUGAAAAAGAUGUAUUUUAGCAGAGAAACCUCCUUUGAAGUGUGUCGACUGCAAGGCUCGAUUUAUACAGCACACAGGUUAGGUUAAGGCUUCGGCCUGUAGUUUAUAGGACCAUGCUUAACAUACGUACAGUGCAGCCUAGGACUUAACCUUGAUGUCUGGCUCCGUACAGAACAGCCUAAUCUGUGCCUGGGGAAACUCGCCCAAAGAGUUCCCUAUCAAGCCUAGAUUUCAUAGAUAGAGAAGCUUUCUGGUAAAUAUGUAGUAUAAACUGUACAAAAUAAAUCCAUGUUUAAUUUAUUGCACCGUUUAUAUUUAAUUUGAAUCAUAAUGCCUGUCUAUGACUUUAACAAAAGAAGUGUUUACAUAUCUGUUCAAAGGACCAUUAAAGAGAGAUCACUUAUCUUUUCUGUACUGGCUGAUAUUACUACUUGUAAACACUUAAGAAUUAAACUAUAAAAGUAUA